AUGGUGAUGCGCUGGCCGGCGCCCCGCCUUCAGCUUCCUGGCCUGGCUCUCAUUGACCAAGGACCAGCAGGGACUGCCCGGCAAGGGACAGAGGAAGCAGCUGUACAAGGUGAGAAGACGGAGGUUGAGGAGACGGAGUUUUUUUCACCCCGGGGGAACGGGCUUGGAGCCUUCAUCAGUUCAGCAGGGGUGCUGGUGGUUGCCGUGUGCACAAGAAGGAACAUGACAGUGAUGCUACAGACUACUCUUUCUGUGACUCCUCUGGCACAGUAUAGUGUAUCCAUGUACCGGGGGAAGAGGACCGUUUGGACAGAGUCUAGUUACAUCUAUGUAGAUGGACAGCAGAAACUGUCAGCACCACUCAAGUACCCAACCAUGACAGAGCCUUUCACCUCCUGCUGCAUCGGUUCAGCAGGCCAUCGCACCACCACACCACCCCCCUCCCAAAUCUCAGACCCCCCCUUCUCCGGGGUGCCCCCUUCCGCCCGCUCCUCCCUGGGGGGCAUCCUGUCGACCCAGGGCUGGGGGAGCCUCCUGGGGGGCAAGACUGAGUCGGUCACCAAGUUGAUCUCUGCRGGGACGCAGGACAGCGAGUGGGGCAGCCCCACCUCCCUGCAGGGCCAACUGGGUAGCGUCAUGGUGUUCCACGAAGCACUGCAGCCCAACCACGUCAAGGCCCUCUGCAGCCCCGGGCCAAACUGCAUUUCUCCUUUCAAGACCCAGGAGGCGGAGCUCGGUGACCUCGCAACUAAACUCCUGCUGCACUACUCCCCCAAG